ACACACACACACACACACUCUCUCUCUCUCUCACUCUCUCCGUCUCUCUCACACUUGCUCCUCAUCUCUCAGUCCACUUUUAUUCAUUUCUGUGUAUGGGUAAGGAGGGCUAACAUGGACACUUUGGGUCUCUUUAUCCUUCUUAUGCUCCUGUGUUUCCAGUGGACGAUUGCUCCUGCUGCUGAGGAAGUUACCUGGACCUACAUUGGCUUGGUGGGCCAGACUGAGUGGUCACAGUAUUUCCCUGACUGCGGUGGUACUUCUCAGUCCCCGGUUGAUGUGGUCACCACGCAGACUAAAUAUGACCCCAGUCUGGUCCCUCUGACCCCACUGGGCUACAGUCAGCACGGCAACAAACCCCUCAAUAUGUACAAUAACGGACACACAGUGGUGAUCGAAUUGCCAGAAUGGAUGGGACUGGCGGGGCUGCCCUGGCUCUUCACAGCUGUGCAAAUGCACCUCCACUGGGGCAGCGGCGGGCCGAGUCAUGGGGGCAGCGAGCACACCAUCAACGGACUGAGUGCAGAUGCAGAGCUGCAUGUGGUGCACUACAACUCCGAGCUCUACCCCAACAUGUCUGCGGCCAUGACGCAAAGUGACGGCUUGGCUGUCCUAGGGAUUCUCAUUGUGACAGGUGAGGAGACCAAUCCGGCAUUCAACAGCAUCCUUAACUACUUGAGCCGCGUCAGACAUGCUGAUCAGAAGGCGUUGAUCCCAGCCUUUGACGUCGAGUCUCUGCUCCCUAACGAUCUGGGACGCUACUAUCGCUACAACGGCUCCCUAACAACGCCGCCCUGCCACCAGAGUGUGAUCUGGUCUGUGUUUCAUGAGAGGGUUCAAAUCUCAAAGGCGCAGCUGCUGAGGUUGGAGACGAUACUCUACUCAAGUAAAGCUGAAGACACAGACAGGAUGCUGCUGCAGGACAACUACCGGGCCACGCAGCCGCUCAACCACAGGGUCGUCUUCGCCUCCUUCAGUGCAGAAUCAGGGAAGGAGCUCUCUUCUGGUGAAGUCACAGCCAUAGUAAUAGGAGUGAUGUGUGGCUGUGUAGGUCUGGCAGUGAUCAUUCGCUUCAUCGUGAAGACGAUACGAUUUUUUACACUCCUCCACCGUGAAACAGUCGCGGUAAACAGCUCUACCUCUAGCUGGGACGUCCUGCCCAGUAACCGGCCUGCUCCCAUGCCAAGGAUGAAAGAGCCGGAGAAAGCAAAAGAGAAGAAACAGGAUGUGGCUCUGAACACGACUGCUGAUGGAGAAAAGAAAGAAGAACCGUCACCUUCUCCUCAGACUGAGCCCUAGCACGAGAAACACUUUCUAUAGUAAACUGGACACAGGACAAAUCACCUGCUGCCCUGAUCACUAAAUGUUCUCAGUAUUUUAAAUUCAGUGAUGUUGGCAGACUCGGUAUGAGACUUUUUUUUUUUUUCCAUUUGCACGUGAAGCACUUGGUUGAAACGUGAGCUUGCUGGCUCUGUGUGGUAUGUUUGCUCCCACAGUGCUCGGGAUGCAUGAUUGGUUCAUGUAAAUACUUUGUAUGAUAUAUUCUGUUGUUUUUUGUUUGUUUGUUUCACAUGUUUGGCUGCAAUUUCUUCCUGCUCAUCCUGCCUUGAAGCACUCUGCACUGUAUGAAAUGUAAUAGAGUCAUGAAAUGUUUACCUGUGAAUUAAUUCACAAUGUAAUAUUAUUUUCUUUUGCCCCGAGUGACACAGAUUGGACAGUUUGAUCUUAAAACACCCAGGAGAUCCUAUCAAAUGAAUUAGAAAUCGCUCAUGAAGGUCUUAAGGGAUUUAAAGUGUUUAGUAUAAAUCGAAGCUGUCCAAAUAUUACAGCUCUGAGCUCAGUUUAGCGCAUUAUGUUGUACAUGGUUGAGUUAUAUUUAUGCACAUGUGUUCGUUCUAUUAGGAAAUAUGAUUUUUGGUGCCAUAUACUAUCUUUGUCUGAUUGAUUGUUUGCUGUAAAUAACUCGUCAACAUGGGCACCUCAUUAAAAUACUUGAAUGGUAACCCCGCCCGCUUUGAUU